AUGCUAGCAGAUCGGCCAAUUUCCGGUGCUGCUUCAAAAACAUUUUUCAUUUUAAUUCAACAAAUUAUCCAUCCUGUUACUAUUAUCAUUUUCUUUCUCUUAGCUGGUACUGUUAAUACCAAAUCAGCUAACGGUUGCAUUUUGUAUGAUGAGAUAUGUGAAGAAGAUGAAGUUUGUGUGCAAGAUGGUUUAUUUGGUGAAUGUGCAUCAACAACAGAACAUGUUGCAUUGAUUGUUUUAAAUCCGAUUGAUUAUAUUUUGAAAAAAGUAUUAAGCAAUCAAUUAAAGCAACUUAAUGAAAAUGGUUAUAUGCUGGAAGAUGCUCGAGCACAAUGUCUUAUUGCAUAUUUCAAAGUGGUUUUAAUGCUUCAACUCAGAUACGAUCGAAAUUUUUGUAAUGUUGUUAAUCCGGAAAAUAUUUGGCAAAUGUUACAGUCAAUAAAAAUGGCACUUGCCAAUGAUGUCACAGAUAUUCAAAGUGUCAACUCAAAUAAGGAAUUGUUGAAUAAUUUCAUACAACAACAACAACAACGACAACAACGACAACAACAACAACAACAACAACAACAACAACAACAAUAUCAACAACAACAACAAUAUCAACAACAACAACAAUAUCAGCAACAACAACAACGACAACAACGACAAAAACAACAACAACAAUAUCAACAACAACAACAACAACAACAACAACAAAUGGAUUUUAUAAGUGAUGUGACGAGUGAUGAUGAAGAUAAUAACGAAAAUAAUUUCAAUUCAAUUCCCAAAAGACAAUUAUUUGAUGACAAUAAUAAUUUCAAAGCAAAAAUAUGGAAGGACACUGAAGGAAAAUUAAUUGAUAAUGAUGGAAAUAUGCUAGCGGUAGAAGCUUUCAUGCCAUCUGCAGUUCCAAAUUCUGGUGAAGAAGAGGAAGAAGAAUCGUUAAAUUUUGUUGGCUAUCAUGCACCUGUUUUAAAAAAAGAUAUCGAGCAUCUUGGUAAUCAAAAUACAGGUUUGGAAAAAAUAGAGCAUAAAAUAGUAAAAGGAAUGCCAUCAUAUCAGAAAGUAAACGGUAAUCGAGUAUAUUUAAAAGUUGCUAAAGAUUUGAAUAAUGAUAAAUUAUAUCAUCUUAUCAACUAUUUGGAUUUAUCAAUUGCAAAACCAAAUCAACUUAUUUUUGAUGAUUUUUUAUUGGACGGUGAUCAGUUAUCAUUUCGUGCUGGUCGAUCAGCUCAAAGAUCUUCGCAAAAUGAAAAACGUUUAGAUUCGGUGGGAGGUAUCGCAGAAGAUGUUUAUAAACGACGAAAAGAUAUUCAAACAGUGUCUGGCGUACACGUCGAUGAAACCGGUAUCGGAAGUGGAAGAGAAGCGGUACCGGUUGAAAGUGAAACUCGAGAUCAUUUUUUUAUACCAAUACUUGCUGUAAGCGCAUUUACACUGAUACUUCUGGUGACGGUAAUGGCAGUUCAUCAAAUCAGGGAACAUCGUAAGAAGAUCCGUAAAUCGAAUAUUUCAGAAUUUGAAUGUGACAAAUAUAAUGAUAAGACAUUACUUGCUUAUCAGGAUUUAUGCCGAUAUCAGAUGACUUCACAUGAAUCAGCAGGCAUCACUGACAUUCAUACUAAUCGUUCCGGUACAACAACCUGGGUUGAUGAACCGAUUAGUCAAUCCAAUCUUGAUAUAUCAACCGGUCAUGUCAUUUUGUCAUUCCUUCGUGACUAUUUGAAUGAUACAUCAAAAAUUGAAGAACAAUGGAAAACAUUGAACGAAUAUGCAAAUGCAAAUGGAAUAUCAUCAAUUGCUCGAGAAGAAAAAAAUAUUAACAAAAAUCGAAAUCUAUCUUAUCUUCCAUAUGAUGAUACAUUGGUUAGUAUUCGUAGCACCGUAAAUGAUUCCGAAUUUAUCAAUGCAUCUGCAAUUCAUGAUUGUGAUCCGAAACAAGCCAAUUAUAUUGCUACACAAUCACCACUUCCGGAAACCAUAACCGAUUUUUGGCAAAUGAUUUGGGAACAAGCUACAGUAUUAAUUGUGAACUUAGCAAAUAAUGAAGAUCAGCAAGAAGGUCAAUGCCUCAAAUAUUGGCCUGAAAGUGGUUCACAAGUGUAUGGAUCUUUUGAAAUUCAUUUGGUAUCAGAACAUAUUUGGAGUGAGGACUAUUUAGUACGAUCAUUUUAUUUAAAAAAUUUGAAAACAAACGAAACUCGAACAGUAACACAAUUUCAUUUCUUGACAUGGCCUAAAAAUGGAGUACCACCGAGUGCAAAAGCUUUACUCGAUUUUCGCAGAAAAAUCAAUAAAUCAUAUCGUGGACGAGCAGCUCCAAUUGUUGUACAUUGUACAGAUGGAACCGGACGAACUGGUACAUUCUGUUUGCUUGAUAUGAUACUGAAUCGAGUUAGCAGAGGUGUGAAAGAAUUGAACGUAGCAGGUUCAUUGGAACAUUUACGUGAUCAACGUCCAUGCAUGGUGGAAACUUGCGAACAGUAUAAGAUGGUUUUUGUUUGUUUAGCAGAAGAAAUUACUGCUAUUGUAGCUGCAUUAUCAUAA